AUGACAUUAGAAGUGGUCAUGGUCCACAUUCUGAGACUUCAUAGACCUGUCUGCUCAGGCAUCAUGGAGAGAUCUAAAGAAAACUGCAUUUCAGGGCCUGUUAAGGCUAUAAUUCCACUUGGUGAUGGACCAAAACGUGUUCCAGUGACUCAGCAAUUUCCUUCUCAGAACCUAUUAUCUGCAAGUAGUGGCCAGGCUCAGCGGGUCUUGUGUCCUUCAAACUCCUCCCAGCGUGUUCCUUCGCAAGCACAAAAGCUUGUCUCCGGUCAUAAACAGAAUCAGAACCAGAAGCAGUUGCAGGCAACCGGCGUACCUCAUUCUAUCUCCAGGCCACUGAAUAACACCAAAAAAAGUGAGCAGCCCCAGCCAUCAGCACCUGGAGAUAAUCCUGAAAAGGAACUAGCAUCAAAACAGAAAAAUGAAGAAUCAAAAAAAAGGCAGUGGGCCUUGGAAGAUUUUGAAAUUGGUCGACCUCUGGGUAAAGGAAAGUUUGGUAAUGUUUAUUUGGCAAGAGAAAAACAAAGCAAGUUUAUACUGGCUCUUAAAGUGUUAUUUAAAGCUCAGCUGGAGAAAGCAGGGGUGGAGCAUCAGCUCAGAAGAGAAGUAGAAAUACAGUCCCACCUUCGGCAUCCUAAUAUUCUCAGACUGUAUGGCUAUUUCCAUGAUGCCACCAGAGUUUACUUAAUUCUAGAAUAUGCACCGCUUGGAACAGUCUACAGAGAACUUCAGAAACUUUCCAAGUUUGAUGAGCAGAGAACUGCUACUUAUAUCACAGAAUUGGCAAAUGCCCUGUCUUACUGUCAUUCGAAGAGAGUUAUUCAUAGAGACAUUAAGCCAGAGAACCUCCUUCUCGGAUCAGCUGGAGAGCUUAAGAUUGCAGAUUUUGGGUGGUCGGUACAUGCUCCAUCCUCCAGGAGAACCACUCUCUGUGGCACCCUGGACUACCUGCCCCCCGAGAUGAUUGAAGGCCACAUGCAUGAUGAAAAGGUGGAUCUGUGGAGCCUUGGUGUUCUGUGCUAUGAAUUUUUAGUUGGGAAGCCUCCUUUUGAGGCAAACACAUACCAAGAGACCUACAAAAGAAUAUCACGGGUUGAAUUUACCUUCCCUGACUUUGUAACAGAGGGAGCCAGGGACCUCGUUUCAAGACUGUUGAAGCAUAAUUCGAGCCAGAGGCUAACUCUAAGAGAAGUACUUGAACACCCCUGGAUCACAGCAAAUUCAUCAAAAGCAUCAAAUUGCCAAAAAAGCAAAGAAUCCACUAGCAUAGAAUCUUAGGAAUCAUGCAGAGGGAGAAAUCUUGAGCCAGGGCUGCUGUAUAAUCUGUCAGGAACACGCUACUGAAAUCUGUUUCACUGUUGACUGUCUGCCUUCAAUCUAGAGGAAAUGUUGUUUUACUCAGCAGGCAGUGCCUUGGCCUCCCUAUUCAGAAAGCUCCACUUCAACAGACAUGACACUCUGAGCUCAAAACAGCCAUGAGAAUUGUGCUGCUUUCACUGGCUCAUAAACUGGAGGCAAGGGUGACUGUAGCCACCCCCAUAGCACGUGCCUGGUAAGGUGUCCUUGCAGAAGACAAAUUUGGAGUCUGGUUAUGGAGAAAGUGACCACUUUGCCCUGAGUUGAUCAGUUAAAGAGCUGUGCAAUAACCUUCCAAGUACCUGAGUGUGUGUGUAACUUAUUGGGUGGCCAAGUCUGGUAAAGCUGUUGGAAUGAAUAUGUGAUUAUUUUAAAUGUUAAAAUAAAGGCUUUUGUAUAGACUCAUAAUUUUUCUCUUCUGUGGCAUCCCCUUAGGAAUGCUCUGUGAUGUCCAGCACCCCUGUUAAUCAGCCUGUGGGUUUCUAGUCCUCCUUAUCUCCUAAUGAGACUUUAUAAAGUAGGAACAUGUGCUCUAUCCCCAUCUUGGGACUUGCUUGGGACCCAGAAGAGCCCAUGUGUCUCAUAGCAGUGUCUAAAUGUUAAAGGCUUAUCUUUAUUAUAUUGGAGUUAUGGCAUGUGUGUACUUUAAAUUUGCAAAUAAAUACAU